AUGGAUUCAGAGCAGAAGAAACAAUCAACCCCCGAGUCACCCCCCAAGGACGAAGAAGGUCUCCUUCGCGCCUACGGAAGGCUACCUCAAAGAGGGCGAUUAUUCGACCAGCAGGCUAAAGGACGAAAAUACUUUGACUCUGGAGAUUUCGCCCUUUCCACAGCCGACCGCGUAACUGAUAUCGGGGCAAUCAAUACUGGCCGCGCGCAUCCUCAGCGGGACAGCGUUUCGCAUCCCUACGCCCCAGUUCCUAGCAGUAGUAAUGCCAAUGAAGAUGCUAACAAGGAUGUUCGUGACAAGACAUUUGCAGGUCUGAAAAUGACGGAGAGUCCGCUUCAUCAGCAGAGUGAUGUUGGUGAUACGAAGCAGAACCUGGAGAAACCGAAAUCUGAUUGA